ACCGCUGUUAAUAAACAAAAAGAAGAAGAAGACUGUGACGUAUCUGUUGCACGGAGAGGAGCAGCAGGUAAACAAAGAAAAUGGCGGAAAACGUGAAACUACCGGAGAUACGACCUGCAAUGUCAAUACAUUGCAAGGACUGACUGGCUGCUAGUUCAGUGAGUUUUGGUCGUACAGUGAUGAAACUUAUACAUAUGGAAUCUGUGGAAUCUCAGCUUUCAUGUGAUAUGUCGUUUGUGCAGAUAUUAUGACGUAGAAAAGAUCGCUUUUGCCAGUUAUGUGCUAAAGUAGCCAUUAGCCCGUUUUCGCUAAGUGCUGAUUCAGAUGCUUGGUGUUAGACUUGUGUUUCAUUUAGGUAAAUAUCAUCUGUUAGCUGAGUUUCCACAAGCGGUUACUCAAGGACUGUCGUGCAGUGUAGGGAAAAACUCAAAAAGAUGAAGAGUGAAUAUCGCUUGGUAAAAGACAACAACAACACGAGUGGUGCCAGUAGGAAAAACUGGAAGUGGUUUGACCUAAUGGACACCAUUUACGGCCAUAGACCGGCUAGCGUUGGGAGGGAGGGAGGCCUGGACUCUGCAACGGCGUUACUGGAGUCUCUGCAUGAUGAUUACAUUGGGACUAGCGAGGAGGAACAGUUCCGAACAAUGUCCUCUGCAUCGACAUCCUCCACAUCAACAGCACAAACUCCAGCUCGACCACAGACACCAACACAGACACCGACACCAACACAGACACCAACAGGAGCACAGACACCAACGCCGAGUGCCAGCUCGACACCGCUGCGUGUGAUUCUAGGCAAGAGGAACCGAGGAGGAGAGGAUCUGGCCCUCACCUACACACUGAGGGAGCCCCCACCUGUUCUCAGUGUAGGCAGCCAUUUCUGCAAAUUUCUCCCGGUCUGGUGA